UGAACGUAACCAGCUGUCAAGUUGUCAAUCGUUAUCAGCAGUUGUUCGUGUAUUUCUCGUAAAUCCCUUUCUUGUACAAAACUAAAAGAAAAAUGUAGAAAUAGUGCGUAAUAGCAUUAAACUUACUUAAAAAAACAGGAGGGUCUGUGCUAAAGUUUUACAUUGUUGUCUGUUUUAAAAUUUAUAUGCCGUGCGUCAAGUUUGCGGGAGUGUUUAUCCUUUCAAUUAUUCACGUUUUGGAAAAGCGUUUUUCAUGGAGUUUUCUAGUUAACAAGUGUGUUCGUUAAAGGACAAAGUAGUUGAGCGUGAAAAUGGAAGGGAGCAACGAUUCGUUGUCUGUUUUGUCUCCGCCAAUGGGGGGUUCGGCGGCGGUUCUGCUAACUCCUGGAAGGACGAGGAACAUCGCUCAGGACAUGGAAGCCCUAAGGUUGUCGCGGCAGGACAAUCCUUACUUGCAGCAAGUAAUGGCAAGUCGAGAAAGUUUGAUUGAAAGCCAUGCAAAUGAUUGUGAGUCUGACGAUACCAUAUUGAUGUCACAGGAAUUUGGAAGUACAGCAUUAGAUUUUGUAGAAGAUGAUCCGUUGACUCUAAAAGAGGUUCACGAACAUAUGAUCCGGUCCCCACCACCGAUCAGCUGUUGGCCACACGACACGAUGUCGUACCGGGCGUCCAGUGCCUUUGACUUCGGAGCCGACAGCCCCGUGUCGUAUAGCGCUUACUCAGUCAAUUCUCAGGAGAAGGAGUUGCUCGGAGGUCGUUCACCCCGUCGCGGCGCGCGCGCCGACGAGUCGCGCAACAACAACACGCCGUCCCGCCCGCGCUCCUCGCGCUCCGCCUCCCCCCGCUCGCACGAGCUGUCGCUGUGCACGCGCCCGCUGUCGCUGCCCGGUGAGAGCCACCUCCGAAACGCAUUAAGCAGCAAAAAGCAAAGCGGUCAGCAGACCUUCUCGCUUCUCCAACACCCGCGCCCGCUACGGAGGCCUCACUCCAACCGGAGAGACGAGGACAGCGUGCAACUUGUCCCGGACUGCGACAAGUAGGAACAGGACGAACAAGUAAGGACUUGUUUUAUAUCCUGCUGGAUAUCCUGGGGAACACAUCCUCGUGACGUUUGAUCAUAAACCUGGUUUGUUGCCACCAAAUUUUGAAGUUUAUUGAGGCAACAACAAGGUUCAAAACCAAUGGAAAAUAUCUGUAUCUAUACCAGUUGGGUAAGUCCAAUAUGCUCAGUAUGGGAUUGACGUUAAGUCACGUGGUCAAAUCAUGCGCCAUCUGUAGAUACAAAAAUGCUAACCAAAAUACUACUUUAUGUUCCCACAAAAACUGCAGUAUCUGCCGUAAAUUACUAAGCAAAAUGCACCAGUAAAAACUAGAAGUCAGGGUCAGUGAUUCCUAAAGGUUUAGAAUUGGAAAAAAGUACUUAAAAAAUUAUAAAAGUCAUAAUUUCGGAACCCAGAAAGGCUGAAGUUUUUCUGUAAGAUAAAAUUGUGAUUCGGAGACUGGUUUUGCCCAUUUCCACCUUAAAAUAAGAUAUUGAUCGAAGUGCAAUUUUUUCAACUCCCAUUUGGAGUGUUCUUGAAAAUGGAGAUUUGACUGGGAGUCCUUCAAUAUUAACACGUUCGUUGACUUUCUUGUGUCAUUUGAGUAGACAGUCGUAUAAAUACAACAUCUUAUUAACUUGUCUACUGCCACGCUGUCUUUGAACGUGUUAAAAAUCCAUAAAUAUACGCGGGGUUGGAUCUGACAGGGGAUGUGUAGAGACUGGUACAGAAUAAUCACUAAGGAAGUUUAGGAAAGUCGGCCAUUUUGAGACGAAAUGCCAAAUGUUUGGAUUCGUAUGGUGUUCGUUAGGUGUAUGGGUGUCAUGGAUUUAUUGUUGGAUGUAGAAUGUGAAUGUAUGUACAUGGUGUUAUGGUAUUACUAGUCUAGGAUAUUUGGUGGUUGGUGUUUGCAGAACACGGUAAAACUUUAAAUGGACUACACACUUUUUGUUUUAAGCCAGGUCUCCAGAGCGUGUUUUACUCUACACAA